AUGGACAGCGAGACCUGGAAAAAAUUCUGUAUAGCUGCGGAAAAACCCGCGGUGCCGGAAUUGCUACCCUCGGCAGACCCGAUCAAGAGACAACCAACGAGAAUAAGGAGACCCCGACUACCAAUUAGUGAGAACGCAGAGACCACCGAGGAAACUACAAAACCUCCGCCGCUUCCACCAAAAGACUUUUCGACGACGGAUAGUUCGCAAUCUUCGGGAUCUUUUGCCAAUCAGCGAUCUCCGGGAUCAUCUCCUAUACGACAUGCCUAUAGCCCCGAGAGAUCACCAUUGGGUUCUCCAAUUGGAUCGUCAAUCCGUUCGCCUGUUUCUCCGGCGAGGUCACCUGCACGAUAUCAGUCUGGAUUACCAGUUCUGGACUCUAUAGCGCCGCGAUUGACUGCUUCGUCGACUCUGUUGCGCGACAGAGCCUCUAUCAUUUCCGAGACAUCAAUAGACUCGGCCUAUUCUGAACCAUGGAGAACCCACAUGUCAAGUCCUUCCAUGGAGCUGGACCUAUCAUCCGACGAGGAAGAUUUGCUCGAAGUUCCAGACACCGCUUUCAACAACUUUCUUUACAAUGCUGAUCUUGCCGAUGAAUCGGCUGUACCAGAGAAUUCCACAGCUUCUGAAUUGCCAGUCUCAAUGCCGAAGUUGCCUUUUUCUGAGGUGCGACUAGAGACACCCGCAGACAUGAGUUUUGAGAUCCCGGAGAUCGAAGGUGAGUGCGAGGAGACGCAGGACCUGAAGAGCAUAUACAGAGAAUUGGCAGAGCUAUAUCCAUCCCAGGAGAGAGAGUCGAUACUCAAUGGAAAGCAAGUUUCUUGGUAUACCUAUUGGGGCUUGUCAGAAGAAGAAGGUGUUGCUUUGCGUGAUCGAAUUGGAGAGAAAGAGUUCAAAUACCAAUGUCAGCUGUUCGAGCCGGUCUUUUUGGAGGUGAGACUCAGCAACAAUUUCAAAAGAGUCGCAUUCUUCCAGUCUGAAUUUUCCAAGAAGAAAGAGAGUCUCGUGAGAUUCGACUCAGAAGUGCCUGAAACCCUGUUUGAGCCCAUUCUAGAGGUCUACAGACUACAUCGAGAUUAUCUUCUGAUUCCAUUGGUUGACCUUGUGCGAAAACAGAUGUUUAUUGACCCAGAUCAAUUCGCUGACAUCUACUUCAACUGGUACACAAACUCCAAACAAGCUAUCCUGAAUUACUUCAAGAAAGGUUCCAAGAUCGUUUCGCUGCUUGUUACGACCAGAGACAGUCCCUUGGUGCUUUGGUUUGACGAGGUGGAUAAAAGAUACCCUGGACGUGUUGAUGUGAAUGGUCGUGAGCUUUUUCUAUUUUAUUUGCGUACGAGGUUUGGAAGUCUGAAUGUGUCGCUCUCUUCCAUCGCUGAACUAUUGACGAAACGCGGAAACACCAAACUUUCGCACAAGCUAAUGGGCACAAAGCAGAAACUGGAUGCUCUAGCAAGAAAAGGAUGUGGAUAUCUCAAAAUUCAGGAAGAUAUGCGCAUUUGGGAUCACGUUAACUUCAAGCAUUACGCAAAGAUCGUGAAUAUCAACAGCAGAAACCGCAGGUCACGAGGAAUAUUUGCGCUUAAACGCAAAUCUCAUACCGGAUACUCGAACUGCCAUCUGGGAAUUUUGGAUAACUAUGUCGUCCUGCUGAAAAAGGCCAAACCCGCAGGGUUUGAGGUACUGACCUGCCCCAUAGCGAUCCAGAAGUUGGAUGUGGAGUUGGUAGGUGAUGGAUCUGGAGCUGAGUUUUCAAGAGCAAGUUCCGUGAGAACCAUAUCGACGAUCCAAUCAAGAUCGAGUGUGGUAAGUCUCACUUUGGAUAGGGAUCUUUUUACGUUCAGAAUAAGGGAGCUUGAAGAUUCCAAAAAGGGUUUCGUGCUUGGUGAUUCGGAUAGCGCCAGCGUGGAUUUGGUGAUAAGCCAUCUGAAAAAGGCCAAGGAAUUGUAUUAUAGAUGGGCAAUGAAAAUGGUAAAGCUUGGUGCUCUGGAUAGUGAAGUGUUUAGUUCCAGGGAACCACAAGGCUCUCCCAAGAUCUGGGAUACAGACCCUUUGGAACAGGUUAUGGAUGAAAUGCGGCCUUCUACUCAAAAAUCAGAGAUUUCCUCGAGACCAGUUUCUGGUGCAGUAUUUUCCUACAACAACCAGAAGUUCAUGCUGAUUGGCUGCAUAACUGGACUCUAUAUCAAGGAGCAGUCCAAGACGUGGAAAAAGGCCCUUGAUGACGCACCUAUCUUCAAAGUGCAGGUGGUUGACCAAUUAGAACGUGUCUUCCUGCUCAAGUCUUCCACUCUGACCUCGAUGUCUCUGAAAGAUCUCUCCAGACUUGCCAAUGACCCCAGCGUUCGUCUUCCUCUGAAAACCGUUGAAAUUGAACGCAAGAAUGUACGCUACUUCACCGUUGGACAUUCCAUGGGUUCCCUCAGCAUCAUCGAAUAUUUGGAUGUUGGGUCCAAAAACCUGAAAGUGUUUGGAUGGGACAUCGUUAAGGAUGCUCCAGUUCUGAAAGAGAAAAUGAACUGCAGGAUUGUCGACGUUACUGGUCUAUAUGCGUUCGAGAAGUUUUUCGCCAUAACCAGCCAAAAGAUGGGGUUUGGUCUAGCAAACAUAUCUUCCCAGGCAAUGAUCUCAAUUCCAGAGUCAAAAGAUCACAUGGAUCGCGACACAGAGAAUUUAUUCGCCAGAAUCAAAGAUGAGCCAAGUUGUGGAAUGUUCAAGGUGUCUGCUACAGAGUACUUGCUGGUGUAUGAAAGAUAUGCCGUUGUGAUGUCAAAGAGCUUGUACGUCACUACCCCCAAAACCAUUGAAUUUGGUUUCAGAUGCUCCAAUGUUGUCUUUGAGCCUUUUAGUAAGACUUUGAUUGUUUUUGGAAAAGAAUCAGUUCAUUUCUUUUCAAUUCAGCUUUCACCUGGCUUCAGCUUCAGACUUACUUUGGUGUUACCAGCAUCAGACGUGACUUUGCUGAGCAGAAUGCCGAAUCAGAUAAUGUUCUCGGUGGCGAGUCCAACAGGUAGUGGACGUGCCUUGAUUUUGGGAGUUGGUAUGUAA